AUGUACGAAAUGAGCUUUUUUUGUACAGGAGUGAGAGAGAAGGACGAUAUGAAAGUUCCAUUGGUGAGGGCAUAUGCUCGCGUUAAAAUGUUCAUGAAAAGUGAACUAAUAGUGAAAAGUGCCGCAGCGACAUAGUUCGUGUAUUUAUUUAGUAAUUUUUAUCAAAAAUAGUUUCAGAUCUGUUGGUUGUUUUCUAGUAGUUCUUAAGUUCAUCAAAAAUGGAAUUUGCUUCCGGCAACAAAUGGAAGGCGAUCAUCCCACUUGUUAUGGCCUCAGUUUGGAGCCUGUUUAGCCUCACUGAAGAACACCUCACGGAAAAAACGAGAACACCGCAAGUCAACAUGGAAUUAGAUCCACAUUGGGAUGAUUUUAAGAGCCGCUACAACAAGACAUUCAACAGGAAUACAGAAGCAGCCCGGAGACUGGCGUGGGAGCAGAAUCUGAUUCGCAUCAUCCAACACAACGAGGAGGCGGCUGCAGGGAAGCACAAUUACACUUUGCGCGACAAUCACCUCUCGGAUAUGGACCCGAACACGUAUGCAGCAAAAAUGAUCAAGCUGAGGCACAGUGGACGUCGCCGAAGACUCCCGGAAGAAACGUUAGGUACUCCUGUCCACGAUCCAGAAAAGAUACCGGAGGAGUUCGAUUGGCGAGAGAAGGGCUUCGAGACGCCUGCCUGGAACCAGGAAGACUGUGGUGCAUGUUAUGCGUUCGCAGUAUCCUCCACUGUUUCCGGGCAAAUCUUCAAGGAAGCCGGGGUCCUCCGUUAUUUGAGUGUUCAACAAAUCGUUGACUGCUCGGGGAAUGUGGGCAAUUUAGGAUGUGGAGGAGGCUCCUUGAGAAACACCUUGAAAUAUAUUCAGGGCACCGGUGGACUCGAGACAUACAAAGACUACCCAUACAAAGCCAAGCAAGACACGUGCCAGUUCAAGAAAGACAAAGCUGUUGUUCGGGUCAUUUCAUGGGCUGUCCUCCCUCCGCGAGACGAACAUGCUCUUAAAGUGGCUGUGUGGAAAGUCGGUCCCAUAGCUGUGUCCCUCAACGCUAGUCCGGCGACUUUUCAACUCUACCACUCGGGAGUAUACGACGAUCCAGAGUGCUCAUCGGACUUUGUGAACCACGCGAUGCUCCUGGUCGGCUACACGAAGGAUUCCUGGAUCCUCCGAAACUGGUGGAGUGACGAGUGGGGAGAGAAGGGCUACAUGUACUUGAAAAGGGGCGCUAAUCGCUGCGCCAUCUCCAACUACGCCGCCUACGCUCACAUCGACAAAUACUCCCUCAAGUUAUGAUCAGAAAACCAACGGAUCCCGUAUUUUAUGAUGAAACCUCGAGAAUAGUAUCCAAGUUUGUGGCGCUGAUUGUGAGAAUCUCCUGUACAUUGUUAGAAAUGGAUCGCGUUCAGCAGAAAGAAACCUGAAAAAUCAGGAAGGGAGCUGAAAAUCAGAUAUUUUUUACCAUUUACCUCCCUUCUGUGACGCAACCAUCAUGACUCACCUCUGCAACCCCCUAAAAAAUUAUACGCGUAUAUAACGGUGUGCAAUUUGCCGUAUUUGACCUCUUCGCGUUUCAUGAUUAAUUUUGGAUGGAAAGGAUAAUCCCGUGUCGAUUUCUCAUAGCCAAUGGUUUUGACGCGAUCAUUUUGGGUUGAUGCACAACUUCACAGAUGACCUUUGUACUUUCUCAGACGAUGAGUGCAAGUUAAAAUUUCUCCUUACGCAGGGUGCAACGUAAAAAAGCCGGCAUUAAUGGAGACUUUUUUGUUCAGCGUGCUUGCAACGCUUAUUCAGACGAAUUCAACCCAAAUAGACCUAACUACAAUUCCACAUUUUCUGAUUUGGAACCCUUAGUUUCUUUUUUUCACAAGAAAAUUGCGCAAUAAACUUCUUCGAAACUUAUUUUAAUUUGUCCUGCAAUAAUAAUCUGUCCAUGAGAAAAAAUAAAAAUUCAGAUGAUAUGAUAUUUGGUGAUGCCCAAUCUAGUUAGACCAAUUCUCUCUUUAAUUCAAUUAUAGUCUUUUAUUGUAAAUAACCUAAACUAGUCAAUUUUAUUUAUCUCGUUUGUUUGUUUAUUUAAUUUAUCUAAUUUAUUUUAUUUUUUUAAAUUUCAUUAUUGCUUAUUUCGGUGACCUACUUAGAAAAAGGUCUGUAAAAACUGCAUACUUACUACUUAAGUGAAAAUGUAAAAAGACCUUCCUCUCAGGUCCGAACAUUAUAUUGUUUUAUAGAUCAAUGUCUAAUACUUCAUAAAAAAAA